UACAACCAAGGACAACAAACAUGCUGCAACAAGUACAACAACAACAACAACAACAACAACAGUAAUAACUACCUGCUGCACUCUAUCUAUCUAUCUAUCUAUCUAUCUAUCUAUCUAUCUAUCUAUCUAUCUAUCUAUCUAUCUGUCUGUCUGUCUGUCUGUCAAUCUAUAUAAUGUGUAUGUAAUAUAAAAAUAAUUAUACAUUUUGCAAGGGAAAGCAAACGGCCAGCCAGCAACACUUGGGACAUAGGAAUCAAUCAGUCAAUCAAUCAAUCAAUCAAUCAAUCAAUCAAUCUAUCUAUCUAUCUAUCUAUCUAUCUAUCUAUCUAUCUAUCUAUCUAUCUAUCACACACACGCACACACACACACACACACACACACACACACACACACACACAUAUGUAUAUGUCUGUAUGUAUAUAUGUAUAUAUAUAUGCCAGUUAAUCAGUUUGUAUUACCAUCUGAAGUAGAAUUGAAAAACAAACAAAAAAAAUUAAAAAAUAAGAAAAGAUUAAUCGAAACCCAAACAAAUCGAAAAUGAAUUGAAAACGCCAUAAUAGAAAGGAUAUUUAACAGAUAUUUUAUACUUUGAAAAAAGAUAAAAGAAAAGAGAAGAAAAAAAGGGAAUGAUUAACUUUCCUUUUGCUAAUCGUGGAUAUCGUGUUUCAAAUCUGUGUCUUCGUCCUGUGUGACCAUACUGCAAUUUAUAAAUGGAAUAACAAACAGUUUCAUUUUAAUCGUUUACUAGAGGAGACCCGGAGGCGAUUUGGAAAGACUUGGGUAUUUAUUAAGGAGUUUUAUGCUCAACAUACCCUACCAUUCACACAAACACACAUAUAUAUGUAUUUAGAAUUCAUAUACAUGUGUGUGUAUAUAUGUGUGUAUAUAUAUAUUCUGGAUCUGGAUUAAGUCUUUGCACUACGAAGUACAGAAAGAAGAGAAUUCCAAGUUAUACUUCCCAUAGCCAUAAUUCGGGGUUGCGAUACCAAAGUACGUAAUAACGCCAGGUUACUUGGAGUGCAUUAGCAGUUCAUGCGCAGAUAAAGGAACCCAGUAGCUACGUAAGAAGCCUGUGGUUGCCAUAAGAAGCGAAAAGAGAAAGGAAAGAAUAAGAAAGAGAAGACACAAGAAGGCAACUGAAAAGAGUCACAGCUAAAAGAAUACGUAUAUCCGCCUCCAACCAUACACUCAGGUCAAUUUGUAUUUGUUGGUCUCAGGAUUGUGGCAGCUAUCACGACCUACUCUGUCUUCUUUCUCCCCCUUUUCUCUCUUCCACACACACACACACACACACUCUCUCUCUUUAUUCACUCUUCUCUGUCCUCCUCCUUCUCUCUCUCACUGUUCUCAUAUUUAAGAGCAGAGAAAAACAAACAACAAAAAUACUCCCUGACUCCCAACCUCAGAAAAAUUAUUCCGUUUCCGAAAUUGAUAUUAUACCAGAGAGAUAGAAAAAUAAAACAGGGUGAGAAAGAGAAGCAGAAGAGAUAAGAAGAGAACGUGAAAGAGAGAAAGAGAAAGAAAAAGAGAGAGUGAGAGAGAGAGAGAGAGAGAGAGAGAGAGAGAGAGAGAGAGAGAGAGAGAAAGGGGGUUAAAAGAGUGAGUAUGUGUGUGAAAAAGAAGAAUUACUAAGAGUUACGACAAGAGAAAAAGAAAAACAUCUGCAAAAUAAGGAAACAAACAUACCAAAAAUAAAAGCACAACUGCAACAACCGUAGGAGGAAGAGGAAGAGUAGCAGUUAGAGUAGAAAUAACAAGAACAAUAAGAACAACAAUCGUAAUAACAGCACCAUCAUCACUACCAUCAUUACUGUUGGUUCCAGAAAUUGCAAAGUAUUCGAAAAGUGAAUCACAGAUGUAUUUAUAGAAGCAUGAGUGUACGUACGUGCAGAUGUAGGCGUGUGCGUAUGUAUUGUGUGUAAGUAUACAUGUGUGUGUAUGUGUUGUUAUGCGUGAGUGCACUGUUUGUGUGAGACUAAAAUUGAACAGAGUCGUCGAGAAAAUCACAGAGCAAAACAACCAACAAAACUUGCGAAAAGUGUUCAUUUAGUACGGAAUCGAUUUGAUGCUAUUUACAUUAUCUCAUUAUUAUUAUUAUAAUUAUUGUUGCUGCCAUACAGAAAGAAAACUAAAAAUAAAAACACACAUCAACACAAAUAAGCAAAGGAAUUUAGAAGAAGAAAACAUUUUGAACGGCACAAAGCAAUUUAAAAUACCCAAACGAAACCAAAUUGGAAUUUGGUCAAGUUUCUGGAGCAAGGAGAAGAAAAUUUUCUUAGUCUUCCUCGUUAAUUCUUGUUAAUGUUGGAGACCAGACGAGGCAUUUGGAGAGAAUGGGGUCUACAUAGCUGUUUUAAUAGUUCAAAGAAACAUACAAGCGAGAAAAAUCCAAAGGUGAACUUGAAGAAAAGAAAAUAAGAGAAGAAACCAAUUAUUAAAUCGAAUAUACAUAUAUGGAUAUGUAUACAAAUAUAAAUAAGAUAUAAAUAUAUCUUAUAAAUACAAAUUUAUACUUACGUGCAAACACACAUAUAUUUAUAAUAUAUAUACUUAUAUAUAUAAAAAUAUAUUCAUGCACAUGUACAUAUUUAUUCAUAUACACACAUAUUGAGGCCUAAAUAUAUAUGAAUAAUUCCAUAUAUUUAAAAGCAUAAAGAUAUUUUAAGCCCCAAAAAUUCAAAGAUUUUUGCAAGGGAGAAUUUAAGCUUUAAAAUAUUCUUACGUCGGACUUCACCCCCGUGUAUAUUAAUAUGUAUAUGUCUGUUAUAAGUACAUGCCUUUGUAAAUAACUAUAAAUAUUGAAAAAAAAAAAAGGUGUAAAUGCAUGCACAUAAAACUUGACAGAGAAUCAAAUUGUUUCUAUUAUAUUUGCAAGAAGACAAAGUUGCAGUGUGACAUCAAUAACUUUUUAUCUACAUCGUUGUUGGAAUCAAGCAUAUUUUAUGAAAUAUAUAAAAUAAAUUCGUGAACCAUCAAAACAUACAAAAACAAUAGCAAAAGCAACAAAAAUUAACGCUCAGAGAAAACAGGGACGUUUAAAAAGCUUAUGAGUACUGUCAAUGAACUUGAUAACAAAUGAAAGAAAAUAAACUGCGAUAAGACACAUAUAAUUAACAAAAUAUAAGAAAGUAAUAAAGUUCGAGAAAGCAACCACAACAAGGUACUGUCACCUUACAAGUAAAACAGGAUCAAAACCCUUUCCAUUGACCUUCCGGUUUACAGUUUAGUCACUGUUCUGUCAGUUCUAGAACAGAAAAAAUACUUGGUUAUAGAUAUCUGUAUAAAUUUAUAUGUAUAUAUUUAUACAUAUAUCUAGAUAUAUGUUCAAUCAUUCUCGAUUUGGUUUCCUCAACGGAUUAUAUACGUAACAAUACGGACAUCACUUUGUUUAGCAGCAGGAAUAACAACUGAAGGAUAUAUAAAAAAUAAUCUUCUCUUAUACUUAAUAAGGAAAUUUACACAGAGAUGUUAGCUUUUUCUCUCGCACAUAUUUUGGAUUGUAUUGAAGUUUUCUGUAAUUGGGAAAUAUAACUAUUAAAAAAAUAGUAAUAACUAUUUUAGUUAUAACGAGCAAAUAGCAAUUUCAAACUCUUGAGAAUUUCAUCCAUAAACGAAAACCUUAAGUUUUGGAGUAUCUUUCAUUUUGUUCACGAAAUUCAAUACAAAGGAAACACAUCAAAGUGAACAGAUAUAAAAUAAAAAAAAAAAAACAAUUCUAUAAUUAAAAGGAAUUAUUCAAUUUACCAAGAAAUCUAACUCUUAAAAUUGCGAAAUAUCGGAUUUUCGAUAUUUGCUAUCAGUGGUUAGUUCACAUCUGCAACUGAAUAACUGGAUAUUCCUUAAAAAAUUGAAAGCAAAAACAAUAAUAACAAUAACAUUAACAACAACAGCAACAACAACGAAUAAUAAUUAAUUAAAAAAAAAACGAAGAAAAUAAAGUAACAAAUUAUUUAUUUGGCAGAGAAAGGUUACUUCGGAAAGAUUCAUUCUGCAAUCACCGAUUUUUCUCGGAUAUAUUUCGAUAUUCUUUCAAAUAUUUAUUUAUCACGCUUCAACGUUUCAUGAUCACCAUAUUUUCGUACUUUUACAACCACACUUCACAGCUAUCGCAACCACAUCCUCUAGAUUACUAACACUUCUUUAAAUCGAAUCUAUCUAUCUAUCUAUCUAUCUAUCUAUCUAUCUAUCUAUCUAUCUAUCUAUCUAUUUAAUUUAAUUUUAUAAUCUAAUUAUUUAAUAAAUAUAGUUUAGCUUAAUAAUAAUAAUAAUAAUAAUAAUAAUAAUAAUAGUUGCAAUCAUAACAGUUAUUUGUUUAUGUUUCAUCUGAUAAUAUUUCCCAAUUAAUACUGGACUUCGAAUAUUGCUUUGAGAUCUUUUUCCCCUCAAACGCACUGCGUUUAUACAUGUAGCUGUGUAAAACUAAUAUAAACUCAUAGAAAUUACUCUAAACGUAUAGGAAAACACAUACACACGCACGUACAUAUAUAUACACGCACAUUCAUAUAUAUAUUUACAAACUGACGUCGAUUUGUAUUUUCAUAUAUUGUGCCAACCAACAAGUACAACAGCUGGUUAAAAAAAAAAAUUAUUGAGGAUAAGUGAGGAAAAACGUGCGAAACUUCAGUUGAAACAAGAGUUAUAAAACGCUUGGUGACACACAAGCGCACACGCACGUACACAGAAACGAUAUAUAUAGAUAUAUUAAUAAAGGGCUGCAAGUCAAAUGUUUUAAGCUUAUUAAAUGUCAUGUAAAUUAGUGUACAUAAAAUGGACAUGAAUGAACAAUGCCUAACCGAUCAAGUAUAAAUUACAAAUAUUGAUAAUAAUAAUAAUAAUAAUAAUAAUAAUAAUAAUAAUAAUAAUUACUGCUAGCAUUAUUAUUAUUCAAUCCAGUGCAGUUAUGUAUGCACUUUAUAACCGAAAAAAAUAACAGCGCUGAAAGAAAACUAAAGCUAACCGUAUACUGAUAUAUAAUUUAACUCCUGACAGUUUUACGCGCGCGCGCGUACAUGCACACAUACACACAUACAGACACACACACACACGCUUCUAUUUCUCUUAACGGAACUCUCUAAUAACCAAAUGAAAGGUGAAAAUAAAUCAAUAACAAAAUUUAGGUUUCACGCAUACAGACUUGUUAGUAAUCACACGAAAAGGAAAAAGAAAAGAGAAAUUAAGAGUAAAUUGCUAACGAGCAGUCUGUAACACAUGACUGGUAACUAAUUGUACUUACCUGUGGACAGGUAAAUUUAGUAAUUUUUUCAAGCUAUUCUCGUAUGGUUGGCACAACAAGACAGGUAGUAGAAAAGUGUGUAGGGUGACUGGAUUGGAUUGGUGUGGUCAGAAACGACGUCUCACUUGCCAAGGUUUUCUGACCCACGAAUGCUGAUAGAGAUCAAAGGAGGAAACAUGGCCAGCAACGAAGAGAUCAAUAGGUGUGAGAGAGAACUUUCAACGGUGUCUGGCACACCUGAACCACAACAGCAGCAGCAGCCACAGAAAGACCAGCAACAAAAGCCACCUCCACCGUCACCGUCACAUUUACCAGCCCGACAAGAAGAAGAAGAAGAAGAACAACAACAACAAGAACAUCAAGGACAACAACACCAACAAUAUCAAAAACAUGAAAAGCACAAGUCACAGCUGACUCACCGUUCGACGUCGAUACCUAUGUACACGCAUCACCACCACCAGCAGCAGUUGCAGCAACAACAACAGCAACAACAACAACAGCAACAACAACAAGGACAACAACGGCAACAGCAACAUAUGUCGAACAAACAAAAACAACAGCAGUCUACGCAAAAUGUCAGGCAGCAUAGAUCGCCUCAACAAAGAAAGCAUUCGGUGACGAAGCAGACGUCUCAGCACCAACAACAACAACAGCAACCACAACAACAACAAUCUCAGCUGCAACAAUUGCAACAACAACAGCAACAAAGACGUAAGCCAUUCCAAUCUCAAUUCCAGCAGCAUCUACAACAACAACAACAAUCAGAGCUGCAGCAGCAGCAGCAGCAGCGGCCACUGACGGCUCGGUCUUCUCCAAGGCCGCAGCAAAGAGCCCCAAGACCCUUGCAACAAAGGGCUCUACAGCAGCCGCAGCAGUCGCAGCAGCUGCAGCAGCAGUUGCAACAGCAACAACAGCAGCAGCAGCAGCAGCAGCAACAGCAACAGCAACAACAUUCAAAAUCUUCACAACGAGCAUCCCAAAAGUCUAGAUUAUCCCAACAGUCUUCUCUAUCAAGUCAACAUGAUCAGCUGCAGCAGCGAGAGGCACAGCAGCAACAGCAGCAACAGCAGCAACAGCAGCAGCAACGACGGGAAAAACAGCAGCAGCGGCGGCCUCGUUCUAAAGAGCGAUCAAAACAACAGCUGUCAGAAAGACAGGAAAGUGACGAUCGGCCUCGACGAAGAGAAAGUCACCCAGAACCGGAACCAGAACAGACAUCACAUAAAUACGGACAUCAGAAUGGUGACAUGGGCGAAUACGAUGGCGCCAGCUCUAAAAAGGAAACAGAAUACCACAAAAGUCUUGAAGUGGGAAAAACACCUGAUACGUUUCCGUGUGGUCAUGUCUUAUGCCACAACUGUAUUCGGAAGCAUCUGAAGUCGCGGGAGGCUGAGCUGAAGUGUCCUGUCUGCGACCAAGCUGUCGAAAUCAAUGUCCCCAUACAUGGCACUGCAGUAGCUUACGACGAUGAAGAUGAAAGCAAUGUAAUGCUUGUAUCCAAUUUCGACGACAUUGUUCGCAAGUUUAACGGCAUCAACUACAACCUCCGUCGGUUAAAAGAGGAAUCGGUGCAAUCACGAAGUGUAGGGAUGACUUUCUCUUCCAGUAUGUGCCACAUGUGUGAAGAGGAUCACGGAACACUCAGAGUGAUUCAAGAAUUCAACAAACUUUCCGUCAACCACCAACGCCCAACUGUCAGGCCCGACCACUACUUUUAUAGGUUGUGUCACGGCCAGAUCGUCACCUCUUUCUACAGCAAAGUUAACUCUGCGUGUGUUUGCGUGCCAUGCACUUACAAAAAUCUUCAGGCCACGCAGAACUUCCCCGAGCUGAAGUUUGACGCGGAGGACUGUUCUGUGUCCAACCGACAGUUAUGUUUAGCCGAAGUCGGGAAGCUUAUCGUCCGCAACCAAACUCCACUCACCUGCAUGCAAGGCAAGAACGUUAUAGACGUUGACCACAAAAUCAAAGUUACAGAAAGGGCAGACGAAUUUGAUUUUCAUCAUACAUCGCACCAAAUUAAGAGACUGAUUAAACAACAAGAGAAAAACCUGAUCCAAUUGGCUAGCAAGCAGGUUAGGGAUACGGGACGACUAUAUUACAUUCAAGAGAGCAGUUCUAUUGAGCAUAACCCAAAUGAAACUGUGGUAUAAGAGAAAGAGGCAGAGAGAGAGACAAAAAAAAAGAAAUCAGUGCCGAAAACAACAACAACGGAAGACGAAGAAGUUUUGUCGGAGGAAGAAACAGAUAGAAGUGAAGAUGAAGAUUAGAUACAUGGAAAUUAAAACAAGCAAAUAAAAGGGUAAUGCUGGUGACAGAAUGGGAAAUUAAGUAACACUAAAGAUAAACAAGGAGACAAAGCAAGGAGAAAAUAAAAAAAAUGGAGAGGAAAAAUCCGCUGAGAGACUUUAACUUGAAAAUAUGAUUUCAUUUCUUGGAAAGCAUUAACAUUCCACAACUAUUAUCAUGCAUACAUACAUACAUACAUACAUACAUACGUACAUACAUACAUACAUACAUACAUACAUACAUACAUACAUACAUACAUACAUAUAUAUUUAUAUAUAUCACCAGCAGCAACAUCAGGAUAUUAACAGAAUGUUAAACGGCAAUUGGAUUAAAUUAACAGCGACAUUUGAAACAGUAGCAAGAACAAAUAAGCGCAUAGAUAAUUGCUGUUGAUGCUAUCAAGAGAUAAUAUAACGACAGCAACAGCAAUGUUUUAAUGUACAAUAGAAUCCAUUAUUUAAAGCCAUUUUAAAUAACGCCAACAACAACAACAACUAUAACAAUAGCAACAGACAAGCAGCAACACGUGCAGCAGGAAAGGUGCUGACAUUGCAGCAAAAUGGGUAUUGUUUUUACUUUUACUGUUUCAACAACAUCAGCGAUAAGAAUGACAUUAACUAUUAUAACAACAACAACAACAACAACGUGAACAAAACCAAAACGUAUUGAUGUUUAAGUAAAUGUAAUUACAUCGGAAAAAAAUUUAGAGGUUAUUUACCAAAAAAAAAAAAGAAACAAAAGAACAAAGCGCAAUAAUAAUAAUAAUAAUAAUAAUAAUAAUAAUAAUAAUAAUAAUAAUAAUAAUAAUAAUAAUAAUAAUAACGAUAAAAAUUCUAAUAUGAAGAACUGCGAUCACAGGAACAUAAUAUAAAUACAUAAUAUAAAAAUGAUAGUAACAUUGCAUAUGAAUUAUUAACAAAAUCAACCAGCCGGAAUAAUGCUUAUGAAACACAAGUUCUAAUGCUGAUUAACAACAAGCACAACAAAAACAGCAAUGACACGGACAGCCUUGCAUGAUUCAAUAGAAAAAUAACAACAGAAACAACAAAAAUAUGAAUGAAUAUCAUCCAAAGUCAUCCGAAAGCUGAACGUAAGUCAUUCGGUUUAUUUUGUAAUAACUACACUUGUAGUACUAAAGUAUUUUACACUCAUAUGUCAAGUUGGUGGCAGUUUUGUGCUUAUGUGUAACCCAUUUGUCUGAAAAAACAAUGACAGUAACUAUUCUAGUAUUGCUGAAAGAGUUGUUGCUUUGGAAUGCAAAACAUAGCCAAAAAAAAAAAAAAAAAUGGUAUACAAA